UGGGGCGAAAAAUAAAAUAAAAGAAGAUGAACAAGCAGCCAGGAAUUUAUUCUGAUAUUGGCAAAAAUGCAACAGAUCUUCUGUAUGGAGAUUAUAUCAGACAAUCGCCAAUUCACUAUCUCGACAAUCGGCUUGAUUGGAGCUUAUACUUCAAGUGUCAAGUUAGUGGCAUUGCACCUGGAUUAGAUACACUUGUCAAGUUGUGCAUACCAGAUCAAACGUCUAAUAAGGUGGAAGUGCAGUACAUGAAUAAUUAUUUUGGAGUUGCAGCAGGCAUCAGUUUGACAAAAAGCCCACUGUUAAGUCUAUCUGGUGUCACGGGAAUUGGAUUUUCCAGCAUUGGAACUGAUAUCUCUUUCGAUACAGCAACGAAGACACUGGCAGAAUACAAUGCUGGUUUGAGCUUCAAUGCUGACAUUCUCACUGCUUCACUCACCUUGAGCGAUAAAGCUGACACUUUGAGAGCUCACUGUUACCGGCCAAUUCUACCCUUAACAAACACUGGGGUUGCAGCCGAGUUAACACAUAGAUUCAUCAGCAAACAGACGACUCUAACACUGGGAGCUCAACAUUGCCUGUUUCCUUUCAUGCUGAUUAAAGCUCGAGUUAAAAGUGAUGGAAGUUUGGGUGCUCUUGUCCAAAACAAUAUUUUCCCAGCACUUUCUCUGACUAUUGCAACAGAGUUGAAUGCCAUGGAUGCGGCGAAUACUGCUAAAUUGGGGUUUACUCUCGCUUUUAAGCACUGAGUCACAACAAUAUAGUAGUCUCUCACAAAGGCGUAUUAUCCUCGAGUAUUUCCUAUGACUAUUUAUGCAAAGCUAAGUCCAUAUCAUCCUAGAAUUACUCUGAAGACCAAAGGCGGAUCCAAGUUUAUGGGUUCAUACU